CUAAGUUAUUCCAUGUUUUGCCAUCUAGUGUAGAGGUAUCAAAUGGCAUUUGUGUUCCUUCACCAAGAUAAUUCUUUCUUUCCGGAGGGCAGGAGACAAGCCGCGCCUCUUGGUUGCUGCAACUUUUCAGGAUGUCUCGAACCCGGAAAGUAGAGCCUCUCCGGGGCUCUCUGAAAACCCCGAGGGAACGCAAAAACCAUAGGUAACUGCAGAAGUCUAGCAACAACUCUGGACCGAGUGUCGCAAAUACUGUAUCUGCCUUCGAAUCUUUCCUUGGGCGGACGAACCCUCGUGUAAUCCCUUCCUUUCGCGCGUAACCCCGAAAGGAAGGAAAAAAAAAAAACUUUACAUUGACUGGAUAUAGAAGAAUAUGAAAUCCCCCCUCAACAAUGAAGCGAAAGGUCCCCCACAUCAUCCUUCGGUUCAGCAAACACGUCCCCGCUGCUGCUGCUCAUACUCCCUCCGAGAGUACCAUUCCCACAAACUCUACAAGGCCUGAUACAACAGCAAACGAUAUGGCGCGACAAUCCGAUGCAGCCACGCGAACCAGCAAACGUAACGGGGGCACCACUCCCCUGAAGUCCUCCGGUGGACGCAACAAAAAGUCGAAUAACCUCGAGCCUCUAGCGCAAGUCGACAGAUUUCAGCCACCAGGCUCGCAAACCACCAAGAGAAAACGUGUCAAUGAUUUAAGUGUUGGCGGGGGAAAAGGGGAACUGCCAAUUCCUCUGAAGAGAGCCCGGAGGUCUGCGGCUCCCGAGCAGCAUGCAGGUCAAGCUUUCUCACAGGAUGAGAAGGGCAAAAGGGAUGAGGAUAAACGGGUCCUCAGAAGUCAAGAUUCAAAACUUGCUGAGUAUGCUGAAUGGUUGGAACCGGAAGAUAGAGGUGUGAUAUGCUGUUCUUUUUUUUUCUUCUUCUUCCCCAACAUUUCCCCCUACCGUCUAGUAUAUCAUACGGAGCUCUUGAUGUCUCGAGACUUCUCGUGCCAUAUGGCUCGAUUGAAUGCAAAACUGAUUGGGAAACUACUUUCUAGAUGCUAUUGACUGGGGCGCACCAAUCACACUUAUUGAAGGCGACAUCCCGGCGAUUACCUUCAAUGGCGACGUCAUUGCUGGGGGCUCGGAAAACCGCACUGUUGGCGAUGUUCAUCGACCGAGUGAGGGUGCUGGUGAUGCAAAUGUCACGGGUCCUUUUCAUUCUCCAGAGACGUCUGUCAACAACCUCACAUAUCCGAACCGUAUUGCACCCGUUGUAGCGAUUGAGGUUUCGCCCCAUACUGCGCCCAUUGUGACAAUCGACCUUGAGGCCGAAGCCCGAGCAAGCAAGAACCGACUCCUUACGAAGUACACGUAUGAUCCACUUUCGGCUGAUCGGUACCUUAAACCGCAUCAAGGGAAAGUCAGGGAGGAGAAGCGUCAGCGCAAUCUUGAACGCGAGAGGGUGGUAUUUCAGAAGGCCCAGUACGAGAAGAAGUUGACGAAUCUUAAAUCCGAGGACUGGAUGAAGAUGUUUGGUCUUGCUGGAUUAGUGGCAUCUGUCAAUGAUGUCGACAAGAAGGCGCUCGAAAGGAGGAGAGCGACGAUGAUCAAAGACCUCGAGGCGAUGUUGAUAAGAUACAACGCCUGUAAGGAGGAGGAGAGAAGACGGCGGGUAGCCAAAGGUGGAAGGGCUAGUGCGAGCCCUGUAAACAGCAUGGACGUGGAGAUGCGGAAGAGUUCUACCGAAGACUACGAAGUUCCUCUCGAUGAUGAUGAAGAUGACGAUGACGAACAAGGCGUUGAAACAAGCGCUGGGUGGGCCGCGGGCGAUGAAGUAGACCAUCAACCUAACACUGUCAAAGAGCGUCGACAGAAACCCAAACAAUCAAAACCAAAGAAGACGCCCGCCGUCGUUCCUGAACCCGGACCCGAGCCAAAACCUUUCACCUCAUUCUACAAUAACACACAUGACCGAAAAGCCGCCGUGAGUGGUCGGAGGAGGACUGGACGAAACCUAUCAGCGUUUGGUCAACCUCUGCCAGAACCUGAACCCCAGGAGUUUGAGCUGCCAGAUGAUAUUCUUAAUGCCGCUGCAAGGCACACAAGAGCUCGCAGAAGGGUUUCACGAUAGCUUGAGCGCCAAACCCCAGGUGCACCCUCGUGCUGUUCUAUGUAUCAUAUAAGGUUUCCUUCUGUCCGCCGCAACGUGGUUUCGUGAUGGUGCCUCUAGCGAUUGGCGUACCGUCCUGGUCUUCUUUUCCUCUUUUUUUUUGUAGCUUCCGAUGUAUCCUUUUCCCUGGUUUCGUUCCUAUUUUUCCCAAAAGAUACACGGAUUUUCAUUUCCUUUCUUCGACGGUUCUGUUUCUUUUGCGCAGGAAGCUUGGGUUCCCUUCCAUCUUUCCAUCUUUUUACUUUUACUUUUGCGUUUUACUUUCUCUUCUUUUAUCCGCCCCUUCUGGGUAGCACUUGGGUUGACGAGAAUCGACGCUUUUUGCAUUGCGAGGGUUUGUAUUUUUGUACUUGUACUCUUUUAAGUGGCAUAUGUAUGUACUCUGCUUGCCACUUGCGUCGCUGAGGAAGGGGGCCUUCAUACAUGGCUAGUACGAGUAAUUCACAAUUUUUGUUGCCUAGUUUAAGGAAAUAGGUAGCAGUAAUUUUUUAGAGCCGUGACUGAUUCGAGAAUCGGUCAUGCAACUGGAAAGGUUAUGACAAUUUUGAGAAAAAACGGUUUUUCUAUUGCGACUGCGGAAAGAUGUGUCCAAGUGCAUUUUCAGGGUGAGGGAAGGUCUACGGGCACGGGUGCUCGUGCCGGCAUGUAGACUUGGUUGUCUAUAUCGUGAAUAUGCCUAUUGUGGAUCCGCGAAUGAAUCGAAUCUCCCUUUGCAGUGGUUCUUGCUUCCCGCCAUCAAUUUUCCAAUGCUGCAGACCGGAUCUCUGGUGGUACUGCUGGCUUACAGUAAGGUGCGAGUAACUGUUGCUUAAGUUCUUCCAUGACCUGUGUGAGCCUUGUAUCAUUGCCAAGAACGUCUAAACCAGAUAUAGUUAGUAUGCAAGCGUUAACCGACUUCACACCUUUCAGUAUUGAUGGCCGCCGCUGACUUCUCGAAUGACGCUCUCUGACUGAGCUAUACCAACAUCGCCCUCCCUGAAGGAGUACAGCUAAUCGACGAGGCGCCUCCGAAGACCCGAUCAUCACUCGACCCGACUCAAAAGUCCCCUCCCGUGCAUCCAUCACGGCGUCCAUUACUGCAUUCCCCUUCGCCGCUGUCUCCCGCUGCUCCAUCUCCCUCGUUUGACCUUACCGCGUCGGCUCAAACAUCGUCAACACAAACUCGACCUUUUGCCAGCCUUUCGUGGUUCCCUUCGACCGCGUUAGCUCCUGUGGGUUAGGAAGCGUUCGGUAUCGCGGGCGACACAGCUGCUUGACGUGCGCGAGGGAGGCUCCACCGUGGAGCUGGUUGGAGCCAACUUUCGAUAAGUUUGGGGGGCAAGUUCAAGUCAGUGGGGGGAAUUUGGGACCACGAGGCUGGGGAAAAGUAGUAGGAGGGUUCAUACGGGAUUUCUUUUUUGUCGAGGUGCGCCCUCCACCAUCGAGCUUACCGGAACGCUUAAGAGGAGGACGAAUAAGUGGCGAGAGUAGGGUCGGGGGAGAGGUUUUUUUCUUUCUUUUUUACUGCACCAGAAGCCUACACUACAAUUAUAAUAUAGACAUUCUAUAUUUUUUUUUUUCCGGAGAGGAGGAUCUGCAUAGGAUGCAAGCCCUGGGCGUCAGGGCUUAGGAGGAAUCGAAAAAAAAGUCAUCACCUUUUCCCUUGCUUGUUUCCUUCUCUCCUCCAACCCAACCAACAGUCUGCCCCACAACCAACCGUUCGAUAACUCAGAAAACCAGUCUUCAGGGUCAGUACCAUAAUUGCCUCCAGACCUAGCGCCAGGAUGCCCUCCGCCACGGAGCCCAGCGCCGCUGGGCACCCACAAAACCUGGGUUCGCAGUCAACCCAGGCACCACCCCCACCACCCCCACCGGUUUUCUAUAGCCGGGGAUUUAACAUAUAAGUUCCUCCAACCAAUAACCCAAGGCAUCGCGAUGGAGAAGCUGACAGUUCCCUGCACAGGCCACCAGAAGGUUGCGUUAGAUGUUAACAUGGCAAGCAAGACGUUGAAGGUACGGAAAUGCGCUUUGAGAAAAAAAAAACCCCCCCCCUCCCGACACUAAACAUUUGUGCUGACUGUUAUACAAGGGAUGGUCUGAAAUUACGGUUAACCCAACAGAUGCUUCAUUGCGGCAAUUUAGAUUGAACUGCAGGCAGUGCAGUGAGUGUUUCCGUGGUGCUUCGGCCUUCUGCAAGGUAACUAACGUUCUGGUGCGAUUUUGUAGGGAUUACCAGAUGCUAUGUCAAUGGAAGAGCAACGGCUACACAACAUACUGAUCCAUACCAGAAUUUCAAGAUGCAUGAGGCUUCCACCGUGCACCAAUAUCAUCAGUAUCGGAAGAAGCUGGAUACAGUGCUACACGACCCUCCUGAGCAUGAACUUGUAAUCAACCUACCUUCCAGAGUUAAGAUCGAGCCCGUGGUAAGUUCAAUUCUGUCAAGCUUUCUUUCUCUUUUCUUCUCUGGAUUUCCGGAAAGCCUCCGGUUCGAAUGCUUACAAGUUUGCUCUUGGAAAGGAAUAUUUCACCCCGGGCGUGCAACAUUCGUCAACUCCGAAACUUCCAACAGGGCAAUCUAAGACGGACUCUCCGGAUGCUGCUGCGAGUGCGACUACUGGGAUAAUGACUUCGUCUCUGCUUACAUCCCGGACAGACAAUUCACCUAGCCCGUUCGCUCCGCUAACCAUUAGGAUUGAGUUUGUGGUUGAAAACAUCAGGGAUGGGUUCAAUUUUGUCGGCUGUGACUUGGGGGAUAUGCGAUACCCACAUGCAUAUACGACACAUUCACCUCUCCCUGGGACAGCCUGUGGCCUUUUCCCUACCCUCGAUGGUAUUCAUGAACGGUGGACAUGGGAACUUGAGAUCACAGCACCGAGGACUCUUGGGGACAUUUCGAAAGGGAGCUUGCCCGAUACUAAAGAUAGAAAGGGAGGUGCCAAUGCUAUAGUUAAUGGAACCAACGGUCUGCCCAACGGGAUUAACGGUGUUAAUGGCGAUCAUACCUCUCCUGAUGAGGAUGUUGAUGAAACGCUUGACGACGAUAGUGAUCUUGAUAUCGUUGUCAUAUGUAGCGCAAAUUUAAAGGACGAGGUCUGUUUCUAAAGCUUUAGUCCUGGUCAUGUACAAUUGCUGAUUUGGCGAAGGUUGACGGAGACAAACCUUGGAAGAAGACAUGGAAGUUCGAGCAGACAAUGGCAGUCUCUCCUCAACAUAUAGCAAUAGCUGUAGGCCCCUUCGAACGUGUCAAUCUUUCCGAAUAUCGUGAUGUGGAGGCCGAAGAAGCAAUGGGAAUUAUGAUUGUGGAUGUGAUGGGCUAUUGCCUUCCUAGCCGGGAAGCGGAACUCAGGAGUACAUGCAUGUUCAUUCCAAGAGUAUUUCCCCUCCUUCUGAUACCUAGCGGUGUCGGCCAGAGUGUUGACGAGAUACAAGGCCCUCGAUUAUAUGUUCAAGGAGUUCGGCCAAUACGUCUUCCAAUCAUUCAGCCUUUGUUUCGUUGACGAUCUUGUUUGUGAUACCACCGAGUCGGCCUCUUUGGUAAUAUGCAGUAACCGCCUCUUGUUCCCAGAGAGCCUGAUCGAUCCUAUUGAGCCGGUUACUCGGACACUUACAUACUCGCUUGCCGCGCAAUGGGCUGGAGUUCAUGUAGUUCCAAAGGAUUGGUCUGAUACAUGGGUUAUUGUUGGGAUGGCGUAUUGGAUGGCCAACUGUUUUCUGAAGACCUUGAUGGGCAAUAAUUGGUACCGGUUCAACCUCAAGAAGGAUGCGGAGAAGAUCUGCGAGCUGGAUAUCGGAAGACCAUCUCUCUACGCCCAAGGAUUCCAAGUCCCGAUUGAGCCAUCCGCCCUGGACUUUAUCAAGCUUAAGGCGCCAGUGGUAUUGACUAUAUUGGAAAAGCGACUGUGGAAGGUUAGCUCUUCAAUGGUAUUGCACCGCGUGGUUAGAAAAACCUUUCUUGGAGCAAUUGCAGGCGAUUUGAAGAAUGGCUUAAUGAGCACUCAACAUUUCACCCGAUUAUGUGAGAAGAACAGCCACACCAAACUCGAAUCCUUCUUUCAGCAGUGGGUAUACGGUUCUGGUUAUCCACGAUUUGAGGUCUCCCAGCGCUUUAAUAAGAAGAGGAUGAUUGUAGAAAUGGGCAUUCGGCAAGUGCAAUCGUCGGAGACCCCGGCCGCACGGGUGACGUCUGAAAACUUUAUGCAGGACGCGAUGAAUCACGAGCGCCAUGUUGUUGUCGGCCCUACAAGGCCCGUCUAUACUGGGCCAAUGACUAUUCGGAUUCAUGAGGCGGAUGGAACCCCAUAUGAGCACGUUGUUGACAUCAAAGAGGGUUAUACAAAGCUUGAUAUACCGUACAACACUAAGUACAAGCGAUUAAAACGAUCCAGGCGACAGAAAGAGAGGGCUGCUGCUGGAGCUGGUGUGGACGUUAGCAUUGAUGCGCAUAAUGAUGAUGUUUUGCUCUACUGUCUCGGUGAUGUCCUGCAGGCCGAGGAUGAGGUUGUUGAUUGGAAGAUGGAAGAUUGGUCAAAGGAGGAGGAAGACAAGAUGGCUCAAGAGUCCUUCGAGUGGAUACGCAUGGACGCGGAUUUUGAGUGGAUAUGCACUCUCAAGGUCAACCAGCCGGACUACAUGUUUCUCUCGCAGUUGCAGCAAGACAGGGAUGUCAUCGCACAGUACGAAGUAAGGAUACCUACCUCAUGACUUGAAUGCUUUAACCGAUAGUAGCUAAAUUUUCUAGGCAUUGCAAUACUUUUCUGGUGUCAAAGAGUCGGCCCUGAUUUCUUCAAUAUUUGUCAGAACCUUGAUGGAUCGAAGGUACUACUGGGCUAUACGCGUUGAGGCAGCGAUGGGGCUUGCAAAGGUUUGCUUUGCCAUCUUUUUUGGGGAAGAGUUGCUUGCUAACUGAUCCAGUGUGCCACGGCGGAGCUCAAUUGGAUAGGCCAAUUCCAUCUGACCAAGGCUUUCCAGGUGUUCUUUUGUUUUCCUGAAUCCUCGGUACCUAAAAGUAAUGAUUUCUCGGAUGCUACUGCCUACUAUGUUCAAAAAGCGAUACCCACGGCAAUUUCGCGCAUAAGAAAUGUGUCUGGUGCUUGCCCGACAUCUGCGCAGCGCUGGAUCCUGGAUGUGCUGCGUUGGAAUGAUAACAAUAAUAACAACGUAAGCUGGCGAUUGCUCAGCGAUCGCACUUAUAUUAGAAGCUAACGAGUGCUUUAAUAGUAUGACGAUUGUUUAUACAUCGCAACGUUGAUGAAAGCACUUGCUAAUACCAUCACGAUUACGAAGUUUGAUUUGAACAACGAUUUCGGGUAUGAGGAUGAGGAAGCUGUCCAGACUCAAAAGGAGUCAAUCAAUGAGAUUGAACGGUAUCUCCGCAUAGAUAAGUGGCAGUCUGUAUACCAGAAUGUCCUAUCUGAGACAGCUAUCGAGGUAACCAUUGACUAGACGCAAGCGCGCAAUGUGAGUAUGGCUGACUUUUGGGAUAGAUUUUAAAAGACUGGAUUCGGUCGGGGAUCAAAGACAAAGACCCCAAGUUCUUCCUGUCAUACACCCGUGAGGGGACAUUAGAUUCUCUCAGAGCCAAAUGUUUCGAAUGUCUGGUUGAACUCGGGGCGAUGCAUCAACCUGGGUUUGUCAAAUACAUGGCCAAAGUUAUGGGCUCCGACCCUUCGCCAUACCUACGCCAUCGACUAUGGAAAGUACUCGGAAAGGGUCUUGGCAUGAUUGCUCUCGGAAGCACCAAACCAAUGAAUAAUAAUGCCAACCCUGGCUUCGGAGAGAUGACUUUAGUUGAUGAUUCAGUUGAUAUGUCGCAUGAACGGCGGAAUGAGCUUGCCAAAGAGACGAUCGCUGGAGCAAUUAAGAACCUGAAGGAGGAGCUUACAGACAACGAGGCUUUCAAGCAAGCCCUGUGGACCGCAGCUACGUAAGUGAACGUCAAGGAAUUGCUUAGGACGAUAAUGCUAAAUUUAAACAGUUCUCCAGACAUUGGCCUCAUUGAGAUCCGCAACCUCCUCGACAUCUGCAGUCUACUAUAUGAGGCAAAAUCAUCCCUUGUGGUAAUACUCAGGCAGAAGGCGAAAACCUUCAAGUGUACCCACCUCGGGAACGUUAGUCUCCCCCCUCUUACUUAUCAUAAUUAGCCUAGGAGAUACAAGUGCCUCUUACUAACUUCGUUGUAAUAUAGUGCAAGAUAGUAAUCAAACGCGAGUAUCGGGACUGGUACGCCUCACGCUCUCAACCACCACCAUCGUCACGCCCUGCCGCUUCCUCAACCCAUCAAGAUUCCUCACACUCACAUAACUCAACCCCUCGCUCUGGCCCGAUCAAACUCAUCACAAACCCAAGAUCUCGCAACAGCUCGGGCUCUGCCAGGAGACUUAAGGCGGAGAGACAAUCCUCGGGGCCCACGCCUAGGUCCACGCCUAGGUCCACGGCAAGGUCCACGCCUAAGCAGGCGGCGGCGGCGGCGUCGUCUUCUGGUGCUUCAAAGGCUUCGUCAGCCGCGGGAGGUACAGGGGCCGGAUCGGCCCCGAGGCCGACAAAAAUCGUGUUGAAGUUGAAGAGGCCCUUGCCGCAGAAUGGUGAUGGCACAUAA